AUGAACCAUACGCGCCUCUACCAGUAUCCCGCUAGGCUCUUCAUUCUGGGACUGAAUGUUGUUGCAAUGGUAUCAAGCGUGGGCUUAACUGCAGUUGGGAUCUUUGGCCUUUCUGACAGCACACGCGUCCUUAUUGAGUCUGAGGCGCUUUCUUGGAUUUUAAUUAUCCUGAGCCUCAUUAUCUUGUUAAUCUCAAUGCUUGGGUGCGCAGCAGCGUUGUCUGGCUCGAAGCGGACCCUCGCUAUCUAUGGUGUCCUCGUAUCAUUUUUAGUUUUACUUCAGCUUGGUCUCAUCAUCUUUGCCCUCACACAACAUGACAGGGUUGAUUUAAUUUUGGACAAAGCAUGGGAGAGAGCGUAUGACCGAGACCCUUUAUUGCUUCAGGAUCUUGAGACUCGCUUUCAUUGUUGCGGAUUCGCUUCUGUGGAUGAUCGCGCUGUGCCCAAGGACCCAAGCGUCACUUGUCGAGUCUCUCCCGCAUUCGGAUACACUGUCCCGUGUAAAGAGCGACUUCGAGAAUCGUAUCUGCGUCAUGAAGCUUCAUUGCUCUCAGUCACUGGUGGAACCCAGUUCUUGCAGAUCCUUGCAUUGGCUGCAACAGUUGUGCUAUGGUUGCAGUUGCCUCGUGAUAAUGAGGUUGAACAGUUAUACAGGACUGAGCACUCCCAACGACUUUUGCAAGGGUUACGACAGGAAGAUCAAGAGCAGAGACAGUAUAGGGAAUCAUCCGCUGUUCAAGGGGAGGAUCGCAUAAUUGGGAGUCAAUAUGGCUCCGCAGGCUAA